AUGAGUUGGGAUAGGGUGAUUCAGGACUCCGAUGAGGAAGAGCUUCUCAUUGAGGAUGACUUCCCGGCUUCCCCUGAUCCGCUUCAUGGCCCGGAACCUCCAACAGCUCAACAUCACGAUCAUCCCGCGAAACAAGAAACACGCCCGAUUGAGCAUACAGUCACCGAAGGCUUCCCAGGACCCCAAUUGAACGUCAAUUUCGAUCAAUUCUUACAGUCGCAAGAAACACAUACAGGCUCUACUUCAUCCCAGCGGCAGCGUGAAGAAAGAUGGAUUCCUUCGACCAACGAAGACGGGAGUGGAUCAAUGAGCGCGAUGAUGACGGAAAUUGGACUUGCGCAAGGACGAUUGUUUGACGAUGCUUCCAGCGGAGCCCAGCGUCUCCCUUCUACCGUAACAUUUUACCCCAGCGAAAUCUCCCAACCGGGAUCAUUCCCAACCAUGCAGUCAUAUCAGUACCGGCAGAUGAACCAAGCGGCUCAUACUCAAUUCGGAUUUACUGCGGGGUCUAAUCAUGUUCCGUAUGAGGCGACGCAGCUUCUUGCGCCGGGCGUUGCGCCCGCUUAUGACUACAGUACGCCGGCUAUCUCGACUCAUAUUGAUUUACCCUUGGACGGAUUCACGGGUUCCACAUCGAUUCAAGCGGUUGGAAAUAUACCUGAUGUUCCUGUGAGCAAGAACUUACAGCCACCGCAAGCAAUGCAAUCAAUGGCCGGUUCCCCGCAUGAUACUGAGCCUCUUUCAUCCGUGGCAUCGCCAGGGUUGAACAAGCCCAAAGAGGACGUCACGAGGUCUGGUCUCAUGUCGCCGCAACAUUCUCCAGCGAGCACGUAUGAUGAGCUUGCUUUACCCGCCGUGUAUGUGGAAGUGCCCUCGGCCGUAAAGCGUGCUCGCCAGGUGAAUGCACCCCUUCCGGAAGAUGACGACGAUGAACUCGCCAUUGUUGGGGGCCGUGAGCCCAGUCCAAGUAAGCCGGCUGCGGUGCCAUCACCAGAAAAUUCUCCUCGGGCCAUUCCUGGAGACACUGCCAGCGAUUACGCUCCGGAAAAUGUGAUUGCAUCUGAAAAUGGAGGAAUUGGGGUGGAGAGUUCAACACUUGCGGACAAAGAUAUCUCUGCCGACAGGACCCGUAUUCCACCGACAUCGUCCGGAGAUCUUAGCAACCCUUCUACCAAAGAGCCUAACAAGAAAAAGGCCAAACGAACCAAGAAAGCCUCUGCCAUCUCCAGAUCCCGAGUGUCAGAUGCCGAUGAUGAUGUUAUUUGCGUGGACUCGCGACCUCUUGGGGCCAGUGAAACGCAAGAACAAAAAAUAUCAGCUACGGAGUCGACCAUUGCAGACCCCAAUCACCUUGGAAUACUACAACCAGAGCCAACUGCCUCUACCGAGGAGAGCUCUACCACGACAAAGUCCGGUGAUAAACCCGCCCCCAAGAAACGCGGGCGCAAGCGGAAGAAGCCUUUAGAGCAGCCCCCUGAAGCAGCUCCGCAAGUCACAGAAGAGCAUUAUUCUCCGCCAGAAAGUAAAAUUCUGAUCUUGAAAGUCAACGCGAACCCAGUUGGGAAUUCCUCUAAAACAAAUUAUGAAACGAAGGCCGUUGGCGCAGAGAACGCAAACCCAUCGCCUCAAGCAGAUGCUCCUGUGCCUCAGGUCAAUAACCAAAUCGAGGCACCUCCACAAACUCCCCAGCAAUCAGAUCAAAAUCCGAGUACACCUAUCGCUGGAAGCAGCACAAAUACUCGGAAAGGACCGGCGAAGCCAAGUCCCAUUUCCUCGACUAGCAAGGUUCCAUACCGUGUUGGUCUAAGCAAACGAGCUAGAAUCGCGCCGUUGCUCAAAAUUGUGCGCAAGUGA